AUGGCGGAGGCGCGGCGCCACGCGAUCGCGCCGCAGCUAGAUGUUGAGCAGAUAUUGAAAGAAGCACAACACCGAUGGCUACGACCCGCUGAGAUAUGUGAAAUACUUAAGAACUACAGAAAUUUUCGUAUUUCCCCAGAACCACCAAAUAGACCUCCAAGUGGUUCACUUUUCUUGUUUGAUCGGAAAGUAUUGAGAUAUUUCCGGAAGGACGGGCAUAAUUGGAGGAAGAAAAGGGAUGGAAAAAAUGUCAAAGAAGCUCAUGAAAGAUUAAAAUCUGGAAGUGUUGAUGUGCUUCACUGCUACUAUGCUCACGGGGAAGGAAAAGAAAACUUUCAGAGGAGGAGUUAUUGGAUGUUGGAGGAGGAUUUUAUGCACAUUGUACUUGUACAUUAUCUCGAAGUCAAGGGUGGCAAAUCAACUUCUCGCAUUAGAGGACAUGACGAUAUGCUUCAAGCUGCUCAUAUGGAUAGCCCUUUAAGUCAGCUGCCUUCACAAACUACAGAGGGUGAAAGCUCUCUUAGUGGACAAGCCUCAGAAUAUGAGGAAACAGAAUCAGAUAUUUAUUCGGGAGGAGCCGGAUACCACCCUUUCUCUUGGACGCAGCAGCAUGAAAAUGGAGGUGGACCUGUGAUGAGCGCUUCUAUUCCGAGCUCCUACAUUCCUGCAUUGUCUCUAGGUAACCUUCAAGGCUUCCCAGCUACAGUGACUAAUACAGAUAUUUAUUCAUAUUCUCAAGAUGCCUUAUCAGUUGCUCUUAAUGAGCCUGACCUUGGAAUUGGAUUCAAUGGGGCGGAUAAUCAGUUGGAUCCAUCAUCAUUGAAUGACCUUGUUAAACCUGACCAGGGGUCCUUCAAAUGCCCCCCACCGAAACUUCCUGGUGCUAUCAGCUCAUUUUCUCCAGAGGACAGUUUCCAGAAAAAUGAUAGAUCGUUGGAGGAAACUAUUAAUUAUCCUCUCUUGAAAACUCAAUCAUCUAGUCUCUCUGAAAUGCUGAAGGACAGCUUUAAGAAAAGUGAUAGUUUUACGAGAUGGAUGAGCAAAGCACUUGGUGAAGUAGAUGAUUCCCAAAUUAAGUCCAGUUCUGGAGUGUAUUGGAACAGUGAAGAGACCGAUAAUAUCAUUGAAGCAUCAACUCGUGAUCAGUUGGAUCAAUUCACUCUUGACCCAGUGCUUGCACAAGACCAGCUGUUUAGUAUAGUUGAUUUUUCUCCAAGCUGGACAUAUGCUCGCUCCAAGACUAGGGUUCUCAUUACCGGUAGAUUCUUAAAUUCUGAUGAGAUUCAAAGAUGCAAGUGGUCAUGUAUGUUUGGUGAAGUCGAAGUUCCAGCAGAGAUUUCAGCUGAUGGGACUCUCAGAUGUUAUUCCCCGUCACACAAACCUGGCAGGGUUCCUUUUUAUGUCACAUGUACCAACAGGUAUCUCCAGAUGCGUCUUGAUGACCUGUUGUCUUUGGGACACAAUGAGUACCAGGCAGCGGUAUCUAACCCCACUAAGGAGAUGGUUGAUUUGAGCAAGAAGAUAAGCUCACUGAUGACAGACAACGAUUCCUGGUCCAAGUUGCUAAAAUUGGCUAGUGAUAAUGAGCCUGCCACUGAUGAUAAUCAGGAUCAGUUAUUGGAAAAACGCUUAAAGGAAAAAUUGCACAUCUGGCUUGUCCACAAAGCAAGCGAUGGUGGCAAAGGCCCCAAUGUGUUAGAUGACGAAGGGCAGGGUGUACUUCAUCUGGCAGCUGCCCUAGGAUAUGAUUGGGUGAUAAGGCCAACAGUUUCUGCUGGUGUGAAUAUAAAUUUCAGAGAUGCUCAUGGAUGGACUGCACUCCAUUGGGCUGCAUUUUGUGGCAGAGAGCGAACAGUUGUCGCACUUAUUGCACUUGGUGCAGCUCCUGGAGCUUUGACAGACCCAACGCCAGAUUUCCCAACAGGAAACACACCAGCUGAUCUUGCAUCAGCUAAUGGAUACAAGGGAAUCUCUGGUUUCUUGGCGGAGUCUUCUUUAACAAGUCAUCUUCAGACCCUCGAUCUUAAGGAAGGCAAGGGGAGCAAUGCGCCAGAAAUAUCAGGUCUGCCUGGUAUUGGAGAUGUUACUGAAAGAAGAGCAUCACCAUUAGCAGGUGAAGGUCUUCAAGCUGGAUCCAUGGGAGAUUCACUAGGUGCUGUUCGAAAUGCUGCCCAAGCUGCUGCUCGUAUAUAUCAAGUUUUCAGGGUGCAGUCCUUCCAGAGAAAGCAAGCAGUUCAGUACGAGGAUGGCAGUGGUGCAGUAUCAGAUGAUCGUGCCAUAUCACUCUUAUCUGUUAAACCAUCUAAACCUGUACAACUUGAUCCCCUGCAUGCUGCUGCGACUCGAAUACAGAACAAGUACCGUGGAUGGAAGGGAAGAAAGGAAUUUCUACUUAUCAGACAGCGCAUUGUCAAGAUCCAGGCUCAUGUCCGAGGUCACCAAGUGAGGAAGCAUUAUCGUAAAAUCAUUUGGUCUGUUGGAAUAGUGGAGAAGGUCAUAUUGCGUUGGAGGCGAAAAGGGGCUGGGUUGCGUGGAUUUCGGUCUACAGAAGGUGCAAUGGAGGGCAACAGCAGCAGCAGUAGUAGUUUGAUCCAAAAUAAACCCGCUGAGGAUGAUUAUGAUUUCUUACAACAAGGACGGAAACAAACAGAAGAAAGGCUGCAGAAAGCUCUUGCCAGAGUUAAGUCGAUGGCUCAGUACCCAGACGCUCGGGAUCAGUAUCGAAGGAUUCUGACUGUUGUGACAAAAAUUCAAGAAUCGCAGGCCAUGCAAGAAAAGAUGCUCGAUGAGUCGACCGAGAUGGAUGAAGGCUUCUUUAUGAGCGAGUUCAAAGAGCUUUGGUAUGAUGACGUGCCAAUGCCUUCUUGGUCAUAA